CACAGAAAAUAUUUACAGAUAUCACAUGCAAAUGUGUGGCUCGCCACACCAAGCUGGACGUUCGCCACCCACGCCCAUGGUACAAACGCCUGUCAUCUCUGCUGCCAAUGCAGUGCCCCCUGUUUUUCCCGAUCCAACAUCACAAGUGCAAACAUCACCAGUACAAGAACAACAACAACAACAGCAGCAGCAGCAAACGCAACAGCCAAAUGCGAAUAAUGUCGAUGAAGGCUGUAAUAGUCAUGCGCGCAAUACAAGCCAGAGUAGUGGUCAAUCUUCGGUGCCUGAACUGGUACCAGUCAAUGUGAAUGCGAUUGCGAAUACAAAUACAAUAAAUAAUGGAAAGUAAUUCAAUAGUAAUUAGAUAUGUAUAUUGUGAAUUACAAGUACUUUAAUGUAAUGCAAUGAUAGCAAGCCUUGUUUUCAGCUAAGGAAACGGCGUAUUAUUUUAAAAUAUCUUGGAGCUUGAAUAUGCGUCAGGUUCACUUCAAGUUUAAAAGU